AUGGCCGAUAAUGAGAGCGACGAGGAGAUGGAGGACACUCUACCUUCCUACGACGACUGGGAUUCACGAUGGCAGCACAUUGACUACUCGCUAGAUCGUGUUGGUCCUUAUUCUACUGCUGAAUUCGUACCUGGAGAUGAUCUCAAAGAUGCCAUGAGGAAUUAUGUCAAAGUUCUGGUUAUAGGAGCGGGUGGAUUGGGAUGUGAAUUACUCAAGGAUCUCGCUUUGAUGGGUUUUCGAAACAUUCAUGUCAUCGAUAUGGACACGAUCGAUGUAUCCAAUCUCAAUCGACAAUUCUUGUUUCGCAUGAAGGACGUUGGCAGCCCUAAAGCCACAGUUGCUGCCAACUUUGUCAUGAAACGAGUACCUGGUGUCCAUAUCACGCCAUACUUUGGAAAGAUCCAAGACAAGGACGAAGCCUAUUACUCUCAAUUCCAGAUUGUAAUAUGUGGGCUCGACUCUGUAGACGCACGUCGCUGGAUCAACUCGAUGAUUGUUGGAAUGUACGACCCAGAAGAUCCAGUCAGCUUCAAACCUAUAGUAGAUGGCGGCACGGAAGGUGUUCGAGGUCAGGCUCGUGUCAUCUUGCCUGGAAAGACUGCGUGCUUUGAAUGCUCGUUGGAUUUACAGACCAAACCUGUUACCUUUCCGAUAUGUACUAUUGCAAACACGCCACGUAUGCCUGAACAUUGCAUUGAGUGGGCUUCGGUGUUGGAGUGGCCAAAGCACUUUCCAGAACAAAAAGUGGAUGGUGAUGAUCCAGAUCAUAUUCGAUGGUUGUUGGAAAAGGCACAAACUCGAGCCAAAGAGUUCAACAUUCAAGGUGUCACGUAUUCCUUGACGCAGGGUGUAGUGAAAAACAUCAUACCCGCGAUUGCUUCUACAAACGCUCUUGUUGCUGCUGCUUGUGCAAACGAAGCCUUCAAACUCGUAUCGAAUUGUGCUUCUCAUCUUGACAACUACAUCAUGUACAAUGCUGAUGCCGGUUUAUACACAAACACGUUUGCAUUAGAACGUAAGCCAGACUGUCCUGUAUGUGGCUCAGAACUACGAAAGAUGGAUGUCAAUCCAGAAAGCACCUUGUCGGAAUUCUUUGAAUCCUUGAUUGAGAUUGAGGACUUACGAUUGAAAGCACCAUCUGCAACUCUUGGAACCAAAUCAUUGUAUAUUCGUGGUCCGCCACCUCUUGAAGAAAUGCUUCGACCCAACUUGGAGAAGAAGAUGAAGGAUUUGUUGCAUGAUGGGGAUGAACUUGCUAUUACUGAUCCAUCACUGGCAAGGACUUCUGUUAGGAUGGUUAUCAAGUUCAAGUGA